AUGAAAACAAACCAGAAGAAAGCGGGAAUUGAGAAGAUCAAGGCCACAAUCAAAGAACUAGGCGAAAGUGGCGUAAAGACCACCCAAAGCAAUGUCGCUCAAACAUUGGGUAUCAGCCGUCAAUCAGUAAGCAAGACCCUUGCUUACAACAACGAGAGCAAUGAGAAGUAUCGCCUCAGUGAAGACGAGCUCGCUAUGUUCGUCGGGCAGUUGAAGAGCAUGGACACAGCAGCCAAAACCAUCAACGAAUUGAAAGAGGUUGUCGGUUAUCCCCGCACAGCUCAAUCCUUCUACAAGCUACUUUGCAAGCACGAGAUCCCCUUUGACGACUCUCGCUUUGCCAGUGCUCAGCGAUCCAAGGCACGACCAGGCGGGACCAGGCACAAGCUUAUCAAUCUGAAAGAGGAUAAGAAGAAACGAGCAGCAGCCCAGGUGCAAGGUCGCAGAGAGGACGAGGCUUUAGAAGAGCAGAAACACCAGAAAGACCUUGAGGAUGUGACAUCCACCUUUGAGAUGCCAUUGCUUCUUAAAGCCGCAGAACUAGCAGGAUGGAAACCAACCAACCGAGAGGAAUCUAUGAGAAAGCAAGCCGAGGGAGCAACACUAUUCUUGAUGUCUCUUGCUACUGAGAGCAAGCACAAGUCAUGUAUGGAGCUUAUCACUCAGCUCAUAGCAAUGGAUGCCAUGAACAGCAACUACGAACCAGAACCACAACGAGAAAAGAGACCUAGUCCUUUCUUGAUAAGAAGACCAACCAUGAGAUAA